AUGGCAACUGAGGGAGGCGGAUUGACCGCGACACCUGUUGCUGAACGCGGCAGGAAGCGAUCGCCUUCGCCUCUCGCUCUGAGCGACGAUGAGGAUUUAUCCGACGGCGAAUGGCUGCUUAGCGACAGCGACGAGGAUGAGGAUCAGGAGGACAAAGUCAGUCUCGAUAGUGUUGGGGAUUGUCCAAACGAAUGCUAUUGUUAUCCAAUGGAUGUGCUUCAAUUUGUUGAUAUCAAGAUUGCUGGGUAUCGACAUACACAUCCUGGACGGGUCAAGAUGUAUGGUUUCAUUGCAGCACGGGAACCAGAAAACCCCUUGCGCAACUAUGUCUACUGUCGUGAGAUAGAAAAUUGUGAAAGUGUACCUGUGAAGCAAAAAACGGGUUUUGCAAGGUUGUCACCAACCGGCCCUGCUCGAGUCAUUUCAAUGAUUAGUCACUCGUUGAUCGAGUUUGAGAUCCAUGCCCGAAAUGAAGAUGAGACCAAUGUUGAUGACGACUUGAUCAUUGAAGGAUGCACCGAGAUCGAUAACUUUUUCGAGUCAAAAUCGUUCAUUGAUCACCGGCGCUUUUAUGGUGAAAGGUGUGCUCUGGACAUCAAGUAUAUAGUGAUGAUCAACGCGGUGGAGGCCCUGGUUGAAGUCACAGUCCUCCACCUCGACACCAUUAUUCCUGGUGGUGUCAACAUGAAACUAUUUGCCAAGACUAGUGGCUUCAAUGACAUAAUUCCUCUAUUCCAAGGCGUCGCUCCUGAGCCAGGUGGCAUGAUGAGAUUCGCUGUGGGGGUGGAGAGGCACAACCGCCUUGAUCUGUACAUCGAGGGGUCUCGGAGCGAUGAUGCUACCCUGUGCUGGCACUGCGGUUUCUACUCUGGCUACCAUGGGACAAAUGAAGAAGUUGCUGACCUGGGGGUGUUUGCAGCAUUUUCAGUCAAGUUUUAA